AUGGUGUCACCACUUGUAAUUAUAUGUCUUACUCUUCCCAUGCUUUUGUUAUUCUUCUUCCAAAAUCGCAGAACCUUCAAGAAGUCACCCUUUCCACCUGGUCCUAAAGGCCUUCCCAUAAUAGGAAAUCUUCAUCAGCUGAAUAAUUCUCUUCUUUAUCUUCAACUAUUUGAACUCUCAAAGAAAUAUGGGCCUAUAUUUUCCCUUAAAUUAGGAUUAAGGUCAGCCAUUGUCGUCUCCUCACCUAAAUUGGCCAAAGAGUUAUUCAAAGACCAUGACCUUGUGGUUAGUGACCGACCUAAAUUAUUUGGCCAGCAGAAACUGUCCUACAAUGGGUUAGAGAUUAUAUUUCCCCCAUACGGUGAAUCUUGGAGAGAAAUUAGAAAAAUUUGUGUCGUCCAUGUCCUUAGCUCCAGACGUGUAUCAAGAUUUUCCUCAAUAAGAGUUUUUGAGGUGAAGCAAAUGAUAAAAAAAUUAUGUGGGCACGCCUCAUCUUCAAAGGCUACAAAUUUGAAUGAAGUGCUUAUGUCUCUUAGUAGCACUAUCAUAUGCAAAACCGUGUUUGGGAAGAGAUAUGAAGAUGAAGGAACAGAAAGGAGUAGGUUCCAUGGACUAUUUAAUGAGUGUCAGGCCAUGUUUGCAGCCCUUUUCAUCUCAGAUUAUAUUCCUUUCUUUGGUUGGAUUGAUAAACUCACGGGGCUACGCGCACGUCUUGAACAGAAUUUCAAGGACUUGGAUCAGUUCUACCAAGAAGUAAUUGAUGAACACAUGGAUCCUAACAGAAAAACUCCAGAGAAUGAGGGUAUAGUAGAUGUCUUACUUCAACUGAAGAAACAACGCAUGUUUUCCAUUGAUCUCACAAAUGAUCACAUCAAAGCGGUGCUCAUGAACAUGCUUGUAGCAGCAACGGAUACAACUGCAGCCACGACAGUGUGGGCUAUGACAGCACUACUAAAAAAUCCAAGAGUGAUGAAGAAAGUUCAAGAAGAAAUUAGGACUUUGGGAGGUAAGAAAGAAUUUCUAGAAGAAGAUGACAUUCAAAAGUUUCCUUACUUCAAAGCUGUGAUAAAAGAGACACUGAGACUGCAUCUACCAGCACCAUUGCUUGUGCCAAGAGAAACAAGUGAAGCAUGUACGAUAGAUGGUUAUGAAAUUCCAGCUAAGACAAUAGUGUAUGUGAAUGGUUGGGCCAUACAUAGAGACCCUAAGGCUUGGAAAGACCCCCAUGAAUUUAUACCGGAGAGGUUCUUAGAUAGUACUAUAGAUUUUGGAGGGCAAGAUUUUGAGUUCAUUCCAUUUGGUGCUGGUCGUAGAAUUUGCCCUGGCAUACCAAUGGCAGUUGCCUCAUUGGAUCUUAUUCUUGCUAAUCUUCUGAAUUCCUUUGAUUGGGAGUUGCCAGCAGGAAUGAAAAAAGAAGACAUUGAUACUGAAAUGCUGCCAGGGAUUACUCAGCAUAAGAAGAAUCCACUGUAUGUUUUGGCCAAGACUCCAAUGUAA